AUGUCGACGGCCGGUUUAUUGACCAAUACUCCUAUAGACCCCUACUUUAUUUACCAUGAUCUCAGCAACGUAGCCAGUUCAGGCAUGCCCCAACCAUACGCGAACCUGAGCAAGAACUCCACGGUUCCCGAUGUAAGUGGUGGAAUCUUUUGGCCUGAUACUAUCAACAAGAAAAUUUAUCUCUUUGGCGGCGAAUUCAAUGGCGUCACCCCUUGGGACUUCGACCUUUAUGCUUACGAUAUCAUAAAUGAUGAGUGGGACAACAUGGGAGUUUCUAGAACAGACGAUGUUGUCGGGCUCAGUUAUGGAGCUGGUUUGUCCAUUCCGGAUCGCGGAGAGGCCUACUACUAUGGCGGAUGGAUGAACAAUGCGACCGAUGCGGAUUGGGGUGACGCUCCCCAGAUACCAACAUCAUACCUACUACGAUAUGAGAUGGACACGAACAGUUGGUCCAACGACACUGGUCCUGAUGACAUUGGCCGCGCCGAGGGUGUGAUGGUUCAUAUCCCUGCCGGAGACGGUGGUAUGCUUGUUUACUUUGGCGGAAUCAGAGCCGCCGAACAUGGUGGUUGGGAAGGUCAACCAAUGGAUCAGAUUAUUCUCUAUGAUGUCCUGAGCGGUAAAAGUUAUUUCCAAAAUGCAACGGGUGAUAUUCCGGAAUCACGUCGACGGUUUUGCGCAGGCGCUACGUGGACCAAGGACCAGUCUUCUUACAAUAUUUAUUUAUAUGGGGGAGCUGGUGAAGAGCAAGGAAGUUCUGGAUUUGAUGACAUUUAUAUCCUGACACUCCCUACCUUCACAUGGAUCAAGAUGUAUCCCGAAGGAAACGGAACUGGGGAUUACCCUCAUCACAGUUUUACCUGCAACGUUGUGAACGAGGCACAGAUGUUGAUUCAUGGUGGUUUCUUCCCCCUGACAAAUGACUGCGAUGUUCCGGACCAAUGGGGUUUACACGACAUGUCCCUGGGGCGACAAAACAAGGACAAGUCGCCCUGGAUGCUUUACGAUCCCGAAUUGACCAAAUAUGCCGUCCCCACUGACAUUAUUUCAGUUGUGGGAGGAAAUUCUAACGGCGGAGCUACCAAGACAGCACCAGCCGAUGGUUUCGACCACCAAGAUCUGAAAGCCCUCAUGACACGGACGGCAUCGGCAGGAUCAAGGACUGCAACCCGAGAUGUAUCUGGCCCUACUGAGACUGGAGAUCAUGAAAGUGGAGCAACGUUAUCGACUGGUGCCAUUGCAGGUAUCGCAGCUGGCGGAGCUGUAGCUCUUAUUGCCGUGCUCGUGACAUGCUUCUGCCUCAUCCGAAAGCAUCGACGUCGGCGAGAACGUGUUGGGUCACAGCAGCCGAUGACUCAAUCCUAUGACUACCAUCAUCCCCAACAUCCAUCUUUCGCCUCGAACCAACCGUCCGCUAGCCCCUGGAGUCCACAGUCAUCAAACUUCACCACUUCAAGCCCUGUGGGCUAUACGGGCCCGCAACUUGCCCAGUCACAUUCAGGACCGCCAGUGGAACUACCAUCUGGGCAUCUCGAAGAUUCAUCUUACGUUUCACCACGUACAGAGCCGAUUUCGGCGGUUGAACCCAAAUAUGAUGCAAAUGGAAACCUAUGGGUUCCCCAAGUGAGCAUGAUGCAGAUCCCGGACCAAGGCCAUUCCCCCGGAAGUCCUCCAUACUAUGACGGCACAAUAGCUUCUAACUCAUCGAAGAAUGGACCAGAGUAUUUUCCUCCCGGUGCACCGCAGGAACUUGCGGCAGACCGUCGCACUUCGUACGCACCUGGACAACCAGUCCACCAGACGUAUUAUCAUCCAUGA